UCAAUUCCAGAAUCCAACCGAAACCGAGGGAGAAAAUCUUGUUGCUUUUUGUGAGAAAAUCUCUAGCUCCAAAUUUUCUCGAGAAACAAUCAUUAGUCCUGUUCAUCACUUUCCUAUGUCGUUGAAAAACUAGCUCUCCCAAUAGGCCUUCCCUCUCAUCUCUCCAGCCAGAGUUUCGAAUUUGUUCUUCAAUUCAAUCUCCUUCCAAAUCCUCUGAAAUCGCAACUCCUUAAUUUAUUUUUUCUCUGGAAACAAGCGGAAACCAACUAUGGCUGAACUUUUCUCUGAAGUUCGUCUCCCCCAAUCCGUCGAAUCGAUGCUCCAGAAAAUCUGUAUCGAGCAAUGUAAACCGCCUGCAGAUACUUCGGCCCGAAAACAGCUUGAAUUGCUCGGCGAAGAGGUGUCCCUUGAGAUCCUCAGAAAAAUAUGCACACAAAAAAUUCGCUAUAGUUUGAGUGGUUUCAUAAGGUGUUUAGCCAAGGACUACGCUACAGCUCCUACUCAACAAGGCAUUUAUCAUUCACCUCAUAAACGGAGCUCAGAUGAUUGCUAUAGUCCAGUGAAUUCACCAAGUAGACUAAAGUUGAACAUUGGUGGUAGCACAAAAGGAGACCCUGGGGAAGGAGGCUUUGGCGGUCUUAUUCGAGAUGAGAGAGGCAUGUGGCUUGUGGGUUAUUAUGGGAAGCUUGGUGUUUGUACAAGUUUAGAGGCGGAGCUUUGGGCUAUUUACCGAGGCUUAGCUAUAGCCUUCGAGAAAGGGUAUAAAGAUCUCACUAUUGAAACGGAUUCAUCAUCUGCAAUUGAGUUAUUGAAAGAAAGAUCCGUGGUCUCUUCUUCGGUUAUAAGUUUGGUGGACUCCUCUAAAUUCCUUAUGCAAAGGUGUGGAUAUAUCAUGCAGCAUGUUUUGCGUGAAGGGAACAACAGUGCGGAUGGCCUUGCGAAGUUAGGAGCUAAUCAAGCUGAGCCUCUUGUAGUCUUGGAUGAGGCCCCUGUAGAAAUUAGAGGGCUUGUAAUAGCAGACAUGGCUAACAUGGAGUCUAUAAUGACAGAGACGAGGAUGAUGCAAGUAAGCUGACUGGUUCUUGUCCACAUGGAAGUUCACCUUGUGUAUCCCUAGCAUACCUUUGCAGCUAGUUUUAGUGUAGAAUUUCAAUAUUG